AUGAUGCUUUAUAGGGUUAUGGAUCUUAUAGUACGAGAGGACACAUUUAAGUUGUUUACAAGUAGGACAGGGGCUGGGAUAUUCGAGAGACUUGAGGAGGCGCCUAGAAUGGAGACAAUGGAGGAUCUGGAGGAGAGGAUCAAGGGAUACUUCAAGGAAGUUUUGAGGGUAUCGCCAACAGAUUCUCUUUAUUUCAAUGAAGGAUUCCGGAUGCUCAACUUUGUGGAGAAGAUCUUUAAGGAGCUUAGGGAAUUGAAUGAAUCUGCAAUGGAACGAAGUAUAAGGAGCCCCAUGGAUGACGUGAUUCGGUUAUAUUCUGAAUCCUUAAAUAAGUUUGUUGAGGGCAUGGACAUCCCGGUGCUACAAGAGCAUGUGAAGUUUAUCAUAUCCUAG